CGAAGUGUCAUUGAGAGUUUUUGCUCGGACCGGAUAGAACUAUUGAUCCCAGACAUCAGUCAUGUGAUAUAUACAUAUGGAGGCACUGGGCGACACCAUACACCCCAGAGCUUCUGCAACUAUCGUCACUCGUGCUUUGCUUUGCAUCCUCCCCAUCUUUGUAACAGUGACACCGUCUUUGCCCAUUCCGAAUAGUCCACGCAAGACUCAUUCCCUUGACCUCGUGUCUCGCCAUCGUGGAAUCGUUCCUCAUGCUUCGGCUCCGCAGGGACCAUGCAGUCUGGACAGGUUUGAAACAUCAACAUCACCGGCCUAUGCACUUCGGGCUUUGACAUCGGGACACGACACUGCAAAAUCUUCGAACAUUCGACCCGUCUUACCCAUCAUCAGGGUCGAAGCUCUCCGCCCCAAACAUUCUGGCCAAAGCAGUUCGGCAAGACUCUCUCUCCGCCACGAGUGGGGAAACUUCCACGCCUUGGCCGUGACGUUGAAUGUGGAAUGGGAGCUGUCCUACGUAUAUCCACUCGAGCGACGGGAUAUGCUCCGCAUACGCUUCGACCUCAUUCAUCAUUGCAUUGCGGUGAGAGAGUUCGAAUUUCUCCACAUGCGAAAGUUCCCAGUAAGGUUUUCGCCAAUCUUCUGACUGGUCGCCGUCUGAGGGUUGGUUGUGAUCAGUGUCAUCAUGUUCUGAUACACCAACGAGGCUUGCAUCCUCGUCGGCAGCAGGGCGGCCACUUGCUGAGUCAUCUGAUCGCUCGUCGCUCUGAUGGUCGUUCUCUGGCCCGCCAGCAUCUCCCGCCUC